AUGGACGAUUCACAGAAUGAGACACAUACAUUCAAUGUCUCUGCACAAGUAACUUCAUUUCAAGAGCAUGUUUUGUUACAACCUGAUUCAACUGCUGAGCUGUACCAAAGAGUGAGCUUUGGAAGGAAAACCUCACAUCUUGAUAAUGUUCGCUUCGUGACAUUGAAGGAACUUGAGGAAUUGGCUGGAGCAUCUAUCACAGCCUCUGUUGACUAUCUACUAUAUUCCCCUUAUGAAAACAAGGAAAAUUUCAAGAUGUUUUUAGAAUUUUGCAAGCAGAACCGUGCUUUCGUCUCAUCGAUAAAAGAAAUUGAAUUGCAGACAUCAGUUGUGAACAUUUCUGUAUACUUGAGUGCUGUGUCAGUGGACAACUUGAUGAGUGUAAAAGUUGUGAUCGACGAAGACGUGGAACAGCCAAAACAUUCUAAAUCUGGAGUACUGCUUUAUUCGGUUAUUUCUUCCUUACCCAGCACGUUAAAAUCAUUAGAUGUGAGCGAACUUCUGGAUUCAUUGUACAAUGUGAGGUUUCCAUUGGAACUCGAGGAGCUCCACUUUGGGGCAUGUUACAUGGAAACUUGGCCCAGAUUUCCCCCGAAACUCAAGAUCCUAACAUUUAAAGAUACAUUCUUCGAGUCGUACGGCGCAUUUCCCGACCUACUUCGAAAAAUUCAUUUUUACCUGUGCACUGUUGAGGAUUAUCCUUUACUUCUAUCAAGUUUACCUUUGGAAGUUAAGGAAUUGUCUCUCACCCAUUGCAAGCUACCAAGUCUUGCUGGAAUCAUACUACCUGACUCUAUUGAGGUAUUGGACCUCCUGAACUGUUCUCUUAACUCAAUUGCUGACUUCAAAUUUCCCACAUCUCUUAAGGAUAUUAACUUGAAAGGUAAUAACCUUAGUAAAAUUGGCGAUGCUAAGUUCCCGGCUCUUCGUCGACUCUAA